AUGAAGAUCGCUGCGAUACUAGCGUUCGUUUCCGUGUUCGGCGGCUCAAUGCAAGGCGAGCACGAUGGCGAAGGCUGCACACCGGAGGAGAACGCGCUUAUCGAGAAAUGCAAGUCCGUAUCAAAAAAGCAUGCGGAUCUGUUGGCCAAAGCAAACCUAAACACCGACGGGCCGAAAGAGUACAACGAGCUGGCGGCAGCAUGCAAGGAGGAAGUGAAAUGCAUGUCGCAAAUCAAAUGCCAAUCUGUGCGCAAAUUCAUCGACGAGGGCACGUCGGUCACUUGCCAAUGGGCAGAAUGCAGCGCGAAAUUGCAUCCGAAAAAAGACGAGAUCCCAUGCAUCAAAGAGUACCUAUUCUAUGGCAAUGAUAAAGAAUUUCCAAAAGAGGAAAUGUGCAAAAAGGUGAAAGAGUAUGGCGAAUGUGUCGGCAAUCAGCUGAAAGCCGUGUGCGGCGCCGCGAUUUAUAACAUGCACAAAUCGCACAUCGACCUACUCGGAUGCUAA